AUGCUUGUAAAAUUAAACACACUUAUUUUUUUAACUUUUACUUUCAACAAAAACGAGUCAUGUAAGCUGCUGUGUCGGAAAGUCUACAAAACUGGCAAAGUGGAAGACCAAAGAAAAUUGGACCGGCUGGUGCUCGCGAUCAAAGAGAGCUAUGCCCACCAUUGUAUCGCAUUGGUUCUAUUUAAGGAUAAGUUGCCUGAACGAAUUCCCCGUAGCGUAGCGAUGUUUUGUGACGCACGCGAUGUCGAAAAACAAAGUGACGACGCCGUCUAUCUGUACAACCACGUGACGAUCACGAUAGAAUACCACGACCUUGGAAACGAUCCGAAUUUUCUCGAUCAGCCAGUCGGUGGGCGAAUCAUCUCCGUCAGAGUGGCUCCUUUAAGAUGGCUGUCCCUGCAUUACGAAAGUUACACUGCCAUUCCUCGACUCAAUCUUUUAUCUCCAGGAUCGGAAUUUGAGAUCACCUACACAUAUUCUGUGCAGUUUGUGAAAACCGAUAUAAAAUGGGCCUCCCGAUGGGACUACAUCUUAAACGCUAAAUACGGAACUAGUAUUCAGUGGUUUGGGAUCGUCAAUUCCGUGGUCAUUGUUUUGUUUCUCAGCGGCAUGGUGGCAGUGAUUUUCCUCCGGACCUUGUAUCGGGAUAUUUCGCGUUACAAUCGGUUUGAUAAUUCGGAGGACGUUCAGGAAGAAUUCGGUUGGAAACUCGUCCAUGGUGACGUUUUCCGGCCUCCUCGUCAUACUCUGCUGCUCUCAGUUUUUCUCGGAAGUGGAUCACAGACCAUACUGAUGGUAUUUGUCACCCUUGUUUUCGCAUGUUUGGGAUUCCUGUCUCCGGCAAACCGCGGGGCGCUUAUAACCUGCGCUGUGCUGCUGUACGUGUUUCUUGGCUUCGUCGCCGGUUAUGUAUCUGCCAGGAUCUACAAAAGUAACUGCGAGACCAUUGCUUCACUAUGUGAUUUAUUUUUCUCGGUCCGGGGUAGCGCUCACAACGAUGCUGACGCAACCGUUCUUCGCGCUUUAACUGUUUGUAAUUUCAGGAUUAUAUUUGGCGUAUUCUUUAUCUGCAACUGGUUUCUGUGGGCAUCUGAAUCAAGUGCCGCCGUUCCGUUUACAACGUUGUUGGUGCUGCUUCUUCUUUGGAUCGGCGUUUCUUUGCCCCUGACUUUCAUAGGUGCAUACAUGGGCUUCAAAAAAAAGGCAAUCCAGUUUCCUGUUCGCACCAAUCAAAUACCCAGGCAAAUUCCACCACACCUCGUGCUUUCGAAAAUGUUUCCUUCAAUGUUCAUGGGCGGCGUGCUGCCAUUCGGUUGUGUACUGGUUCAGAUGUUUUUCAUUUUCAACAGCAUUUGGGCGCAUCAGACUUAUUACAUGUUCGGAUUUUUGUUUCUGGUCUUCAUCAUAUUGCUGGUAACCGUAUCUGAAACGACCAUCCUCUUUAACUUUUAUUUUUCUCACGCUCACUUCAUCGAUUGUCACUGUGGCUUCACUGGUGUUUACCUAUUUAUUUACAGCGUCUAUUUCUUUGUUGCCAAGUUAUCCAUCACCGGCUUCGUUUCGACCGUGCUUUAUUUCUCGUAUACGCUAAUCUUUGUUUUCAUCUUCAUUCUAAUAUGCGGUAAGAAAGUUUUGGUUUGA